GUUAUUUUUUGCGUAUUAUUUGGCUUGCAAGACACAUCAUGAUUACAUACAGCAUCCUCCCCAUCAGGGGAUCCGUCAUCCGAAAAGCCAGUGGGGAUUCCUCCCUUUAUUUUUCAGAUGACUGGUUUACCCGGAGAUUCAGGGACAAAGGCUGGUGUAACUGAACUCAGCUCACUCGUGGCAAAUAAACCGAACUCCGUUGAGAUGUCUAUUCUUGAGUUGGUUCAUUUUAUCCAUCACCGUGAUGUUACCCGGCGCGGUCAGCUAAUUAGUCUCUUACUUCAUGCACAACUUCUUUCUCGAGGAGCGAGACCAACACAGAGCGAAGGACAGUCGCAGUUUGCUGUGUUGGCAGAAGAAGUUUUAAACAGUGAUCCCAUUCGCAUUCCGUAUACGCUCGUACCCAGACCGAAAACGGAAACUUUGGCCACCGUAGCGAGUCAGUUACAACUGUCAGUGGUGGAAACAGACGCUCAAAUAUUCAUCAGUCUAACCGACACUACGACGGACAAAUUUGGACACGUUGAACUAUCAGGUUUGGAACAUGUGCGCCUGGAUUGUGUCUCUGAGUGUGCCGCGGGACACUGGAACACUGUCUAUCCACAGCUGGAUGAACUUCUCAGUAUUUUUGAAGAGAGUUUGUGGAAAGCCGUCCUCCCAUCACCACCACUGAAUCGCUUUGGUGAAACGGAAAGAAAGAAGGACCGACGUGACCCUGGCCCACCUCCGGAUGAUCCACAACGGUAUCCACCAACUGGGUUCGACCCAGUGCGGCCGACAGCACCAGGGUUUCCUUUUCCUGACUAUGGUCGAAGUGAUCUGGACCCGUUUGGCUCGUUGGGUGGACGUGGAGGAAUGAUCCUAGACCCUAGACGUCCACUCGGUGGUUCCCCAUUCGGGUCCGGUGGUGGGACAUUCAUGGGGGGACCUGAUGUCCUUCCGCCUGGAGCAGUCCCCCCAGGAGCGAGGUUUGAUCCGUUCGGACCAGGUGUAAUCCCACCUCGACCGAGGUUUAGCAAUCCCCAGCGCGGUCAGCCAGAUCCGGACCAUGCACUUCCACCCGGCUUCGAGGAUGUUUAUCUGUGACAAAAUUAUUUUGUUCUAGUCUGCUUUCAUUCUCAACUGCCACUUUGCUUUAAUUGCAGUUCAAAUUUUCGAAUAUUUUUGUUUACAUUAUGCAACUUUGCAAAGCUAUCGUUUUUGGUCAUCGUCUGGGAAAAAGUUUGUCUUGAAGUUUCGUAGGAUUUCCAUGCUUAACUCAGGUGUUA